AUGGUUUUCAUCUGGCCAGCCUCUUUCUGGACUUCAAUGUGGUGGAAGGUGGUUCUCAUUCUGGCUAUUUUGGAGCUGUUUUGUCUGGACGGCAUGUACAUGAAGGAAUCUGUCUCCAAGCUUCUGAGUGGAAGCCUUCAACGCAUCAAGCUUUGGUGGCUGUCGGGCUCGCCAAAGCAUGGGCGAGACUUACGAGCCAAAGAGCCCUCGCUAGCCGUCUCUUAUGAGCAACAAGCUCAAAAUGAGCCUCCUGAAGAUCCCGACACGGAGAUGAUGGAGGAUGUUCUCAAUGACGAGGAUGACGACAUUGUUGAUGGAGAAGGGGAUGAGUCUGACAGCAGCAGUGACGAUGAUCAAAAUAUGGGCGAAGAUGCCCUUUCUGGCCAGAGUCCCUAG